GAGUAUAGAUGCUCUUCUGCGAUUGCAUUCUUCCAGCUUUGCAAUUUUAAGGGCAGUGAAAAAUCGAAUGCUCACCAUAUAUUAAGUAAAUGCUUAAAGCACUUGUCCUCGUGCUCUGAUACAGAACUGCAGGAAAAGGCCAAAAAAAUAACGAAAUCUCUAAAGACGGAAGAAAAGAUGAAUAAUUUGAAUGAAAGACAAUAUAUUGCAAAUAAGAAAAUUAAGGCGUAUGAUGCGCAACAGCGAAAGAAUUAG